AUGGGAUGUUCCAUUUCAAUAACAACAAUGAGUGAAGAGAGUUCCAACCACGAUGCAGGGCACCUUUCCCUGAUUGAGCAAAUGGUACCUGAGAGCCUCCUGGCCCAAAUUGUGGAGUAUCUGACCUUUUCAGAAGCCCACAAGAGUGUCUUUGCCCUGAAUCGUCGCUUUUGGUUCCAGCACCGCCUCACGAUAGCUCAGGCAACGCCUCAUGCGUCGGUGGACGUUUUGAAUAUGAAAGGAUCCAAGGAAGAUGACCUAAAGAGCAAAUUGAAUUGUGUCCUUCCCUUGACAAUAGCUCUAUCCUGUUACUCCAAUUUACGGGUGCUGGAUCUUCCAUCCCUUGCCACAGAUGAGUUGCUCGGAUCUCUCACGAUAUCGGGCGGGUUGCCUCGGCUAUCUGUCAUUCGGAUGCGACGAUCACUGGGUGUCACGGAUCGAGGACUGGAAUACUUGACUCGAAAUACUACUGAUAGAACCUUGGAAGAAAUUGACAUUACGUUUUGUCAAAAUACAACGUACCAGGGCACAUUUGUGUUGCGAGACAAACUGCCCCAGUUGAAAUUGCUGAGACGACAGCCAGAAUGGUUGGAUGGACAAUUCCAUACUCCCAUUGCACCAACAGAUGAUGGCUCUCAAGUGGAAAUUCACACCUUUUGGCCCGAUGGGACCUUUUCCUUCAAUCGGGCCACUCAAUCGAAAGGUUUUGUUUUGGAUUGGAACGAACAACGGAAAGGAGACCAACAACCAACAAUAGUGACGUUACGGCACCAAUACAACAAUUUUGUUCCACCUCCUGGAUGGAACCCCGCCAGUGUGGAUGAUAUCUUUCGGUUUGCCUACCGACCCGGAAUGUGUUUGCUGCAAUUGCCGUCAGCACCAGGUUGUGAUGAGAGGCUUGUCUUGUUAGCCACGCCUCUGCGGCGACUCAAGGCACCAACGUGCAUGGAACGUGUGUCCAGAGUGGCGGGACAAAUCCCAGAGGGGUCGUCGCGCUAUGUAGAUCCUUGCACCCUUAAAGUCCACAUGGAAUUGGACAUGGAAAGAUGGGAACAUUGGCUGUUGGUCAGCAAGAUGAAAGUCUAUCCAUUGCAAGAUCUCAUGCCACCCGCGGAAUUAGUGGAAGAAUGUCGCCAAACUUGUCUCGCCAUGGCACCUUAUGAGGAAGCUCUGACCCAAGUGGAGGAUAUGUGGCACGUUUUGCGUCCUGAGUAG